AUGUCCAUACUCGUGCGGCCACCUAAGCGCCGCUUAGACGACAUCGAAGGUCUGGACCAAAACCCUCGCCGUCCCUCUCGAGGCUUCAACCAAAACACCCUCGGGUCUAGUACUACCUAUUCCGCCGACAAUGGACGCUUUGACGAACGUCUAGAAAGCUCGGGGGAAGGGUCCAGAUUCGCAUCGCCGUUCCGAGAAUUGAACUCCGGCCGCGGAUCGCCCACACACAUCCAAGACUCGCUUCAAACCCAGAGGAAAUUCGCCCAGAAUGCGUCCAUCGUUUUGAUUGGUAUACGGGGAACGGGCAAGUCCAGUCUCGCUGUGAUGCUCGCUGCGACUUAUGGCUGGCGCCUGAUCGAAGCGGAAAGAUAUUUUCAACAGGUGACGGGGCGCUGUCGGACAGCCUAUAAAAGAGAGUACACGCUGCCGGAAUACCGCCGGCAAGAGGCCCUUGUUAUGGAAUCAAUGCUCAUGGAGCAUCAGGAGAACUGCGUCAUUGUCUGCGGGUCAGGCGAUGUCGAGCGCAACGGCCAGAUUCGACUCCGCGAAUAUGCGAAAACCCACCCUGUUAUCCAUAUAGUUCGGGACUUGGGAAGCAUUCAGUCUUAUCUGAAGGCCCGCGAUACCGAAAAGGUGCGCCGCUUCCUUGAGCUGUCCGGUCCGAUCUAUCGAGCAUGUUCCAACUUCGAAUUCUUCAAUGUCUCGGAGAAAGGCAUCGGGGAUCAACCAUUAGCCAAGGAUAGCGAACGUUAUACGCAAUGGGACGCCGAGGUGGACCAGCGAGCGAUGACAUCUACUCCAUUCCUAGUGCUUAAACGAUUGCAGCGCAAUUUCCUUCGGUUUGUCGCGUUUGCUACUCGCAACACCACCCAGCUAAAAAACCAGCUCUCGCCCUUUCCUCUACAUAUGCAACCGAUCGAGUCGCGCAAAUUCACGUAUUCCGCAACAGUGCCGAUAUCCUGCCUUUUAGAACGUGACUUGGAUAUUGAAGAAUUGGAGUCUACAGCAGACGCUUUCGAACUGAAAAUUGAUGUGGCCUCAACGCCGUCUGCCCACCUUGGCACUGAGACAAAUCUUGCAGACAGCAUCAGCCAGAUUGUGGCCGUCGUCCGGCGGAGCAUUAUCGUGCCUUUAGUGUAUCACGUCGAUAGCAGUGUGUUCCUGGCAAAUCAGAAUUCGGAGACAUCACGGCGCUCCGACACCUCCUACUUGGAAUUGGUGCAACACGGAUUACGGUUGGCGCCAGAAUUCGUGACAGUUGAUCUGUCAUUCGAGGAUAGUAUUAUAUCUCAGAUCAUUUCAACCAAAGGGUCUACCAGGGUUAUUGGGCAUUAUGCACCGAACCACUCACAUCCCAGAGGUUGGGACGACCCCGAAUAUCUAGCGAUUUAUGAACGAGCGAAGAAGCUUGGAUGUGAUAUGGUUCGCUUGACACAGCCGGCAACAUCAAUAGAUGACAACUUUGCCGUCGAACGUUUUCGCCAUUAUCUCAAAACCCUCCCUGGACCGCAGCUCCCGGUUAUCGCUUAUAACUCUGGCCCUCUCGGUCGACAAUCCUGCUGUUUCAACCCGAUAUUGACUCCUGUGAUACCUCGACCUUUGGUUUCUGAGUCUGGAGUAAAGGGACUUCCGUCCAUCACCAUAAAAGAAGCGCAAGAUGCUCUCUACGCGUCAUUUGUUCUGGAUCCGAUGCAAUUCUUUGUCUUCGGAGCCAACACAACAUACAGUCUGUCACCCGCAAUGCAUAAUGCUGCCUUCAAGCUGCGCGGUAUGCCACAUUUAUACAGAAUCCACCAGUCGCCGACGUUACGGGGUAUCAACGACUUGGUGGAAAAUCCGAACUUCGGAGGAACGAGUGUCAGCCUGCCAUACAAAACAGAAGUUAUCCCCCUCCUUCAUUCAAUGUCACCCCACGCCCGUGCGAUCGGAGCUGUCAACACUCUGAUACCCAUUCGGGACAUAGAGACAAGCACCGAUAACGCCUUGGACAUGGAGAAGAGCCGGUCAGGCCCUGUCAAAGGUUUACAUGGAGACAACACAGACUGGAUCGGGAUCUGCAAUUGCAUACGACGAGGGCUUUCCCCAGCGAAUGCUGUCCGUCCAUCGACGACAGGAUUGGUUAUAGGAGCCGGUGGAAUGGCGCGUGCUGGUAUCUACUCAAUGAUCCAUCUAGGGGUGCAAAAUAUCUUCAUCUGGAACCGCACAGUCGCCAAUGCCGAAAAGCUAGCGCAACAUUAUAUGCGAUUGAAACUCAACGCCUUUGGCGGAAGCGGCCCAUCACGCUAUCAGAUUCACGUCUUGGAGUCGCUGCAGGAUAGCUGGCCCGCCAACUACAAGCAGCCAACUAUAGUUUGCUCAGGUAUUCCGGCGCAUAAAAUUGGCGACCAACCGGCACCGAACUUCCAGCUACCUCCGCAGUGGAUUGAGAGUCCAACAGGUGGCGUGGUCGUUGAUCUCGCAUAUAAACCACUUAAUACCCCGCUUAUGCGCCAGAUUCGUGCUCUCUCCCAUCGUGGUUGGGUAGCGCUCGACGGACUGGACGUCCUUCCCGAGCAAGGAUUCGCGCAGUUCGAGCUUUUCACCGGGUGCCGCGCUCCUCGGCGGCUCAUGCGAACUGUGAUCUUGCAGGAGUACAAGGAGGAGGAGCAAGGGGAGGAGUAUGACCAGAGCGCUAUGCAAACUCGGCUUCAGAACCUAGAUGGGCAGCCGAUGUGA